GGCCUGCUGGGUGGUGGAGGUCUUGGGUCAGGAGCUUGGGUCAAACAACUUCAACGUUCGCGGCGCUGGAGGUUGAAGACCGUUGUUCACGAUGAGCUGAAGAACUUUUUCCGGCCAGAGUUUUUGAAUAGACUGGACGAGAUCAUCGUCUUCAAGUCGCUGAACAAGCAGGAAGUAGCUCAAAUAGCAGAAUUAGAAUUCAGGACGGAAUGCUGA